AUGUCAAACCAACCCAAAGAUUCUUCAUUGAACCCGCUGUCUAGUCUCAAGAAAGUGUUCGCAAGAUUGCGCUCGCCGAAACCUCGAUCCGCCAACGAUAGUACUGGUGCAGCCCGCUCCAGUUCUGCUCCGCCCAUCAUGAGGAUACCAUCCUCCACCAUCCACGCGCCGGAUACGGGAAGGGCUGUCGCUGAUGACCAGGCUGGACACCCUUCACAUGAGACUGUCCAGCUCUUGCAACAGCCUUCCCCUGUCUUGAUUGGUCCUCCGAAAUCUGACUCAUGCACCUUGACUGCACCUCCAUCCAACCUUCCCAUUGCGGAUCCAGGGUUGGAGUCAGCCAGUAAAUUCUACAAUAAAUUCUUACAGUUUAUAUCAGAUGCAAGCUCACCAUGCAGAUCAUUCAACUAUUACUGA